AUUUCUAAAUAGCGAGGUAGCCCUUUGGGUAUUGCUCCAAGGGCUCCAAUUACAAUCGGGACAACACACGAUUUCUUUUUCCACAGUCGCUCAACUUCAAUUUGCAAGUCCCGGUACUUUGUGAUUUUUUUUCUUGCUGCUUAUCUUCAAUCCGUGCAUCACCAGGUGUGUCAUCAGUCACGUUCGCCAACGAAGCAAUUUCGUGGGUUGUAGAGAUCGCACCCCUCCGGCCACUGUGGGUUACCCCGGAAGACAGCCUUGACAGAGAUAUGUCUGGAAUGUGCUUUUGUUUUUGGCUGCUGUGCUGUUUUGCCGUGGCUUCAAGUUCGUUUCCCCUUGCCUAUGGCAACUCGAAAGCAGGCCAGGGAUGACUUGCGAGUUGAUAUUUACAUCCGAACAAGACUGUGUUGUUUCUCUGUGUCAUAUGCAGUGGUCCAGAAGAAACUCCUAUCGAAGUUGGCCUGGCUACAGCUGACAGUUCUGGAGGCACCGACAAUCUUAAGUCGUGGGGGGCGAUUGGUCAGUGCAGAAAAACAUCGGUAGUCCUCAAACUUACAACUUUUCAUUCAGUGACCAUUGGAAGCUACAAGGGCACUGGAAAAGAUGCUGCCCGUCUCACCCGUUGCUGCUGCGUUUAGUGACCAGAUGAUGAGAAGUGAAUUGGACAGGACCCAAAACUCCAAGUUUGUUUUGGAAGGAAGGCUCAUGUCUGGUCUUGUUUUCAUGGAAUCCCAGGGGCUGGAAAGGGCCUUGGAAGUCUUCUAAUCCAGCCCCCUGCUCAAAGCAGGAGAUCUUACAUACCAUCCCAGCAGUCUUUUCUUGAGGACUUCGAGCGAUGGAGCACCCAUAACUCACGGAGGGCCGCUCCGCCAGAAGCGGUGAAUUUCAGCGUGAAACAUUCGCAAGAUGUCAGUGUCGAAGUCAUAAGCCACGAUCAGUCGGAUUUGGCACCCGCCAACGGAGCUAAGCAAUGGCCGCUGGAUCCCGGCACGUUCCUGCAGAUCCAGAUGACCCAGGCUAGCGUGGAGACCAACGAUAGCAAAGUAACCGUAGGAUAUUACGAGGAGAACGGAGAGCACCCUAUAAAUCAGGCUGGCGUUUUUCUGACUGGCAUUGGAAUCUCCUUGGACGUUGACACGGACCGCGAUGGUGUGGUGGAGAAGAAUAACCCAAAGAAGGCCACGUGGACCUGGGGCCCCGACGGCCAAGGGGCCAUCCUGUUGGUCAACUGUGACAAAGAAAAUCCAUUCAGCACCACGGAGGACUGUCAGGAUGAGAAAAUAUUUUCCAAGGAAGAUCUGGAGGACAUGUCCCGGAUGAUCUUGAGAACGCAAGGCCCAGACCGGCUUCCCGCUGGCUACGAGAUGGUUCUCCACAUUCCGCUUUCGGACACCGACAAGGUCGGCGUUUUUUACCUGCAGAAUCCGUUCUUCGGCCAGCGCUACAUCCACAUUCUGGGCAGGAGGAAACUGAGUCACGUGGUGAAGUACACGGGGGGCUCGGCCGAGCUGGAGUUUUUUGUGGAAGGCCUGCGCUUCCCAGACGAGAGUUUCGACGGGCUUGUCUCCGUCCACGUCAGUCUGCUGGAGCCGAUGGCCGAGGGUAUUCCGCAGGCCCCGAUCUUCACCGACACUGUCCUUUUCCGGGUCGCACCCUGGAUCAUGACCCCAAACACCUUGUCGCCAAUCAGCGUCUUUGUGUGCAGUGUCAAGGACAACUAUCUCUUCCUGAAGGAGAUUAACAGCUUGGUGAGCAAAGCCGGAUGCAACAUCAGGGUUUGCUCUCGGUAUAUGAACCGCAGCGACCGAUGGAUGCAGGACGAGAUUGAAUUUGGCUACAUUCAGGCACCCCACAAGCAGUUCCCGGUGGUUUUAGACUCUCCGCGGGAUGGAGGCCUCAAAUAUUUUGCCGUCAAAGAGAUUUUGGGCCCGGAUUUCGGCUACGUGACACGGGAACCUCUCUUUGAAAUCGUCAACAGCUUAGACUCCUUUGGGAACCUGGAGGUCAGCCCCCCGGUCUCAGUCCACGGGAAGGAGUAUCCUCUGGGCAGGAUUCUGAUUGGAAGCAGCUUCCCCACCUCUGGGGGACGCCGAAUGACCAAGGUGGUGCGCGACUUCCUCCAGGCUCAGCGGGUCCAGUCCCCGGUGGAGCUGUAUUCAGACUGGCUGACCGUCGGCCACGUGGACGAGUUUGUGACCUUCGUUCCCAUCCCUGGCAAGAAGCAAUUCCGGAUGCUCAUGGCCAGCCCCUCCGCCUGCUACAAGCUUUUCAGGGAGAAGCAGAAAGAAGGCCACGGGGAAGCCACCAUGUUUAAAGGAUACUCCGGCACAGACACAAAACGUGUCACCAUCAACAAGGUCCUUUCUAAUGACAUUAUGGUACAGGAGAACCAAUACGUACAGAGGUGCAUCGACUGGAACCGCGACAUCCUCAAGAAGGAACUAGGCGUGAGAGAGAAGGACAUUAUCGACCUGCCUGCCCUCUUCAAGAUAGACAAAGGAGGAAAAGCCAUCGCCUACUUUCCCAACAUGGUGAACAUGAUCGUGCUCUCCAGGGACCUGGGCAUCCCCAAACCGUUUGGGCCCAUCAUCGAGGGCGAGUGUUGCUUGGAGCAGAACGCCUCCUCCUUGCUGGAGCCCCUGGGGCUGGCCUGCAGCUUCAUCGACGACAUCUCCUCCUACCACAAGCGCCUGGGAGAGGUGCACUGCGGCACCAACGUCCAGCGGAAUCCAUUCGCCUUCAAGUGGUGGAACAUGGUCCCCUGAAUGGGGGGAGGGGGAAGGGGGGGCGCAGCUGCCGCUCACCGGGAAGUCGAGAGGGGAAGCCGGUUUCAGACACACGCUUUUGACCCCCGCUCUGUGCGCCUGGCUGACUUGCGAGAGCGGGAAUCCGGGCGCCUUUGCACACCCGCGAGUCAGAGGGUGCUGCGGGGGAAAACUGUUUGUCUGAACGCUGCAGAGAAGCAUGUUGUUGUGUCGAUUGGACCCUAAGUGUCUAAGCUCUUAUAUAAGGAGCGUUGCAGGGCCCAGUCGAGUGUCCUGACAACUGUGUGUGUGUGUGGUGUGGUGUUUCUUUGCCCUCCCUAAAUUAACCUUCAGAACCCCCCCUUUUCUUUCUUCCUUUCCCCUUCCCCUAAUGUAGCCAAGACAAAGCCCCUUCCGCAGGGGAGGUUUGCGUGUUACAGCUCUUGGCCUUUGUUGAGAGGGGGGCCACUUUGAAAUAAAAAUGAGACAACGGUU